AAUCCAACCGUUUGAGAUCUUCCCUCUAUAUAAACCACCAUACAAGCUCCUCCUCCAUUAACCACACAAACAUGAAAAUGGUGGUGGACGUACGGACAAAGCUCCGUCUAGCCAUUGGAUCGGUCAAAGACCAUGCAACCAUCGGCAAGGCCAUGAUCAUCGGCCGAGAUGUCUUCUCAGACAUAGAAAUCGCAAUCGUACGGGCCACCGGCCAUGCCAAUGCUCCGAUCGAUGAAAGAUACGUGCAUGAGAUCCUCUUCCUAGUUUCCAAUUCCCCUCGUUCCGUCUCCUUCCUCGCCGCUCGUAUUUCACGUAGGCUAGACAAGGCUCGCGAUCGGAACGUCGCGCUCAAAACUCUCUUGUUAGUCCACCGUCUCCUACGUGGUGGAGACCGCAAUUUCGAGCAAGAUCUUCGCAACGCGUACUUAAGCGGCGAUCUUCGCAUGAAUCUUGAUUGGUUUUUGAAGAAUUUCGACGGUUCGAUCUCAUUCCUGCAUGAUUACGCGCUCUUUCUUGAAGAACGGAUGGGGUGGGUCAUCAACCAAGCUGGGAAGCUCGAGCCGGUCAGACCCAAAAGCUCUGAAUAUCAAUUCUACGAGGAGAAGUCGGUUGAGAUGGUUUUUUGUAAAUUACCCAAAUGCCAAGCGUUCCUCGAUCGUAUCAUGGAUUGUUUGCCUGUCGAAAGUGUCCGUUCCGAUCGAACGGCUCAGGCGGCUUUAAGUAAUAUCUUGAGAGAGAGCUUUCAAAUUUAUAUGAAUUUCAAUGAGGGUGUAACAACUCUCGUAGAUACUUUCUUUGAUUUCAAGAAACCGAAGAGAGCACUGGCUCUUGAUAUUUUCAGGAGGGCUUCUAGCCAGAGCUACAAGAUAUUCGAUUUCUUUGAGAAUUGCAAGAGAAUUAUAAGUAGUAAGAGCUUGGAUUACCCACCUGUUCGGAUAAUCACGACGGCUUGUGUUUCUACCAUGGAAGAGUUUUUGAGCUGCUCUCAAGCGUUUGGAAAUGGGCGAUCUGCUAUAAGCAAUUCGAAUUCUCCUUCAUUCAAUGUUCUUAUAAAGCCUAUGGCGGCGGCUGUCAUCAAAGAAGCUGAGAAGCGACCGAUGAGUGUCCCAAACACUCCAUUUUCUCGUAGAAUGGAGACCAAAAUAAGUACAGUGUGGGUGCAGUUUGAUGAUGAAGAUACCCAAGAAUCUUGUUUAUCCAUGGAAGGAUUCAACGAUCGUUCGAUGGGAAUUUUCGACGGUCUAGAGUUUGAAGGGAGAGAUUGUGAAUGGUUGGAUGGUGUAGAGCCUUGCAGCUACAAUAACCCAUUUGUAUCUUGAUACACAUGGGUACAAUUGUAAUAUGUUUUUUUUUUUUUUUUUGGUUUUUUUUUCAACAUCUUGAUUUUUUUUUUUUUUUGGAUAUGAGAUUGGGUUUGUGAAUAGAAGGGAAAAAAUAUGUUGAGAUUGA